AUGCUUUUCGCUCAACAACCGCUGCAUCUCGCUCGGGCGGACGAGCUGAGACAAGAACCCCCCAAAGGGACUCCUUACUCCGUCGCCCUGCCGGGAACCGAAAAGCCCGGUAGGAGCAAAAUCUAUCGCGCCCACAGCGCCCAGAAGGGACUUGUGAAGACGUUGGAUCCGCAGGUAUGUGCAUGGCUGGCACCGCCUGGUGUACAUUGUGUCCCCGUGCUAACCGACGCUCCGUUUCAGGUUCUCACCGCACACGAUGCAUUCGAGUCAACCGCUAACCGGGUUCCCAAAAACCACUGUCUCGGAUGGCGCCCUUACAACCAAGAUACCAAGACUUUCGGCUCGUACCAGUGGAUUGACUAUCAGACGGUCCAGCAGCGGCGCUCGGCCUUUGGUGCCGGACUGGUGGAAUUGCAUCUGAAGCACGACUGCCACCGUCCCGGUCAAUAUGGUGUUGGUCUGUGGUGUCAAAACCGCCCGGAAUGGCAAAUCACCGGUAUGGUCCCUCCCUUCCCUCCCUCGAUGACGGCGUGGUGCUGA